AUGGCCGUGGCGCUGUGGGUCUUGGUGACCGCGAUCGAGGUGGCGGACCCCUGCGUGGCGACACCCCGGCGCUGCCUCCUGUCCCACUACCGCUCGCUGGAUCCCAGGGCGCUGGCGGCCGUCAAGGCGCUGAGGGACCGCUACGUGAGUGAUGCUCAGACGUCCCCACCCGGUCCCCCGAGCCCGAGGGCCCGCCGGGCCCCAGCCGCUGAUCCCGGUGUGCGACGGCCCUGGCGCUCUAGCGCCCUAGCGCCCCGCAGGGCGGCUCGGAUCUCAGGCCAGGAUUCUGAGCAGCAGAUGUUGCCGGCCGCGGCCGGAGCAAGCGGGAGCACCGACCCCGCCUCUGGGCCAGUGCCCCGAGGGCGCCCCCUGCAGGCGGGCUGGGCUCCACCUCGGGCCAAGUGGCUGCCUGCGCAAGGCCAAGCGUCUCGAGGUGCCUUCAGCCAGCGUCCGCGCCUUGCGAGAGCCGCGCGGUUCCGUGUACAGUCCGCACAACCGUCCUGGCCAGGCGCGUUCCACGUGCAGGAAUCCCCGCCGCCGCAGCGCUUCGGGGGCCUGGCGAGGAGGCCCAGCCUCACGCCGGCCCUUGUCCCGCAGGAGGAGGAGACGCUGAGCUGGAGGCCGCGCAACUGCUCGUUCCGCCCAAGGAGGGAUCGUCCGCGGCCGUGGUCUUGCGCGCGCCUCCGCGUCGUGGUCCGGGACCUGGCGGACGCCCAGGCUGUGCUGAGCCGCCUGCCGAGCCCUGAUCGGUUCCCCGGCACCGGCCGGACCCUAGAGCUGCUGGCGGCCGCGCGACGGGACGUGGGAGCCUGCCUCGAGCUGGUCCGGCCGGGCUCGUGGAGGAAGUCCCUGCGGCCACCGAGGAGACGUCCCCCAACACGGAGAGCUGACUCGCCUCGGUGCCACGAAGCCAACGUCAUCUUCAACCUCCUGCGCCUGCUCACGUGGGACCUGAAGCUGGUGGCGAACUCGGGGCCUUGUCUCUGAUCCCCGCGGCGGCUUUACCUGGGACCCGCGGGUCUGCAGGCGGUCGGCUGCGGGGGGCUGCCUUCUGCUGGCCGGCUGGAGCAGGCGGGUGUCUCAGCCAGUGGGCACUGAGGCUCGGGAGACUCAGCGUGCGUUGGCCUGACCUCGACCCACCUGCCCUGAGGGCCAGAGGGGCGGGUGUUUUUCGCAAAACCCGACCGAGACGAGUUGUCACCAUGGUCCUCCAGGCUCCUGGUAUGGCUGGAAGAGGCGAUCGAUCGUGGAGUCUGCCUUGGUCACUCAGCCCCCCACCCCACCAUGUACUAGCGACCAAUUUCUCCUUCUGUGGUUACCAGAACCCCAGAGGUCCUCUUCCAGGACAGGUCCCACCCCCUAUUUGGAUCUUCAGCUACCACUUCGAGAUUGUAUUAAUUUGUGACUCUUGAAUCUCCCCAGUGGGGAGGCCCCAUACAUUCCCUGAGGGGCUUCGUAGGGAAAGGUCCUAAAGUUCUUAAGUUAUUGUAGUUUUUGGAUU